AUGGCAAUGCCCGAAGCCAUCUCACCAGACAACUGGGAGCCGCCCUUCGAAACCCCUUCCUUACCAAUGCCUGUGGACGGACGCUUUUAUUCUGAAAACAUGACGGGACCAGAGGGGGGCUCAGCCGAAGCGUACUGUCAGAUGCUGCUGCAGUCAGAGGUGCCGCCCGACCAAAUGCCCUGGUUUUGUCUGUGCACAGACUGCAAGAGUAACACCGGCGCUAAGGGAGACCAUGGAGACCGGGGACUGCCAGGCAUGCCAGGUAGUCCCGGAAGACGCGGGGUGACUGGCUUCCGAGGUCCUCCGGGUUUUGUUGGCAGACCAGGAAUAAAAGGACAGAAAGGAGACGGUGGCGACAAGGGAAGUCAGGGGCCUCAGGGAUUUGUGGGACCCAAAGGAAACAGAGGGUUUAAAGGUGAGAAAGGGGAGAGUGGUUUGGAGGGUCUCCCAGGUGAGCCAGGUCCUAAAGGAGAUGAUGGUGUCUGUCCCGAGGCCUGUGAUGCCGUCCAGGAGCUUGAAGGACGGCCUGGUCUGCCAGGGCCCGCAGGACCUAGAGGUCUGCCUGGCCCGCCGGGGGAGCCAGGAUCCAAAGGGCUGAAGGGUGGCAUGGGUGAUAUUGGUCAUUAUGGUGCCCCUGGGUCUGACGGGGUCAAAGGAGAACCCGGCCUCCAAGGAGAGUGCAAUUGUACAGAUGGACUAGAUGGUGCCCCAGGGCAGAAAGGAUCCAAGGGGGAUCAGGGGGACCAAGGUCAGAUGGGGCCUCCAGUGGAGAAAGGUUUACAGGGCUAUAAGGGGGACACGGGAGAUAUGGGUUACAUGGGUCCUUACGGUCCAUGUAUGCCCAGCAUCCAGUCUGCUUUUUCUGCCCAGCUUAUGACCAGUUACCCCUUGCCUGACGCUCCGGUGGUUUUUGGCUUUGUCGUCUCCAAUGUCCAGGGAAGUUAUGACCCCACCUCCGGGUUCUACACCGCCCCCAUCAAUGGGACCUAUGUCUUCAACUACCACCUGACAGUCCACGAGAAGGUCCUCAAAGUUGGCCUCUUCCAUAAUUUUGAGCCAAUUGUCAAGACAACAGAGCCAAAUGUGUUUGGGACCACUUCCCACUCAGUCGUCCUCCACCUGGCCCGGGGAGACAAGGUCUGGAUCCAGGUCAAGGACAACCUGAGCAACGGCAUGUAUGCUGGAGGCGAGGCCGCCAGCACCUUUUCUGGCUUCCUGCUCCAUCCUGACUCGUGCGACAUGUCUUUCCUGAGAAGUCCUUUACCGGAGCCGACUGUACCGGAGACCGGGUUCAGUUGGGGCGACGCAUUGAGAUCCAACAUGACUGAUUCGAGCACACCAACAACCACUACCGGAUCCAGUUAG